AUGCGCAAGGAAAGGCCGUCGGCAGCCCUGCUCGCCGAGGAGGAGGAUCGGCGGGCAAAAGAGACCCAACCCAGAGGGAGCGGCGCAUGCGCCCCGUGCGGUAGGCUACGCCGGGUGAGGGAGCUCGUCAGCUCCGAGCCGGCUAACCGCCUCUGCUUCGAGUGCGGGCAGCGCGGCGUCACCUACGUCGACAUCACCAUCGGCAGCUUCGUCUGCACUGCCUGCUCGGGGGCGCUCCGGGGCCUGAAUCCCCCUCACCGGGUCAAGUCCAUCUCCAUGACAACCUUCACCGAGGGUGAGGUGCAGUUCCUCCAGACGCGCGGAAACGAGGCAUGUCGCAAGAUUUGGCUGGGCACCUUUGACUCGAGGACGUCCCUUCUGCCGGAUUCCCAGGACCCUCAGAAAGUGAAGGAGUUCCUGCAAGAGAAAUAUGAGAAGAAGAGAUGGUACGUCUCCCCAGAGCAGGCCAAAGGCUCAGCCCCGCUCGCCUUGCAGAGCUCUACAGCAGAGGCCAAGACGUUGCUGGUGGAGUCAGGAUCGUUACCUGCAGCGGCUAAGCCUGUCCAGGGCAAAGCCCCGGCGCCAGCCCCGGCCCCAGCCAAGAAAGCCAGCGUGGACCUCCUGGCUGACAUCGGGGGAGACCCCUUCGCUGCCCCCCAGCCUGGACCCGCCUUUACAGCCUUCCCUGCCUUUGGGAGCCAGGUGCCAGCCCACGCCGCCUUCACCACAUUUGAUGCCUUUGGCGGAAGUCCCACAGCCUCAGCCUUUGGGGACACGGUGGCUUCCAGCCACAGCCCCUUUCAGAGUCAGUCCAUAGCAGCAGGUGGCACCCACAUGGGCGGAUUCCCCGCCUCCCCUGCCAGCCGACCAGGAGUGGGCCUUCCUGACGUGGCUGGGGCCUUCCACGUGGGCGCAGUUCCAAGCAGCCUCUUCGGGACCCUCAGCCAGUCACCUGUUCUUCCCCCGCCCAGUCCAGCUCCAGCCUAUGGAGCCUCCACCAACCCCUUCGCCACCGCUGCUGUUCCACCACCCACGUUGCCUUCCACUAACCCUUUCCAGACCAACGGCUUGGCUGCAGGCACCUUCUUGGUGGGAUCUCCCGGCAACUACUCCACCUCCCCAUUUUCUGGAGUCUUCGCUUCCCCACUGCAACAGCAGCAGCUGCCCCCGCCUACGCCGCCACCCCCACAGCCCCUCUUCCCUCCGCAAGCAGUUCUGGGUCAACAGAAUGGCGGCUCCUCCUUCAGUGUGUUCUCCGUAGCCAAAGCUGGACAAAGGCCCCUCGGACAGCCCGCGGGGAUUUCUACCAACCCUUUUGUGACCCCGAUGGCCACCACGCCUGCCGUCCCCUUCACCCUGGCGAAACAUCCCCCCACCAACCCCUUCUUGUAGCGCUGGCAUCAACCGACGCUGGAGCCCUCCCACCCACCCUGCCUUGCCGCUGUGUGUGUGCCGGAGAGUCACCUGCCCGCCUCUGCCUUUGCCAGAACGGGGUAGGGGUGGGGGCGCAAAGAGCUUCAACUCCUGGCCGUGGAAGACGGGGCCUGGCCCGCAAGCAGUGCAUGAUGGGGCUUGUCAGGUGGCUGGGGGGCUUUUGGGGAGAGUCCGUGCAUGGGGUGGGGACACUCAGGCCAGGCGAGGAAGCCUCCGGCUCUUAAGAAGCCGUGUGAGAGGCUCCAGCCGUUUCCCCUAGCAGUAGGAUGCUGGGCCUUGGAAGUCAGGAUGAGGCCACUGCCAAAGAGCAGAGGAGCGUGCUGGGAAGGGGAGCGUGGCCUGCCCAGCGGGAGCAUCAGAGUCAACGCUUUGCUUCCUCCUGCCGGCCAGCAGCCCUUGCGGUCAGUGCCUCUGGGUGGUGCCCAGGCUUCUCACUGCGGCUGGUCGGCCUCUCCUCUCCUCUCCCCUCCUUGCUCCCCCCCACUCCACCUGGCUGCACCCAUCGCUUCCUCUCCCCCUCCCCUUCCCGGGUUCCCUUCUCUCCACUCAAGCCCUGCUGUGUUGGCACCUGACGGCCACAGAGUGCUUUCCGGAUCCCACCAUGAGCAGAAGGGGGUUCUCAGCUUUGAAGUCUCUCUCCCCCCCACCCCAAUUUCUCUCUCAUUUUGAUUGCACUAAAGAGGAGAGGGGCAGGCUUCUUGCUUCACAUGCUGAGGGCCAGCAAGGGGCUUUGUGUGCACCUGACCCCCCUCCCCUCUCACGCUAUCCACCCCCCCUUUCAGCUUUGUUUGCAGGGGAGGCAAAAAGCAAUAAGCAACCUGCAGGCAGCAGAGCGAGCACCCCAGGGAUUCGGCAACAGACCGGGCUGGUCAUCUGCUGCCCACUCGCCUCUUUUGAGAACAAGAGCUGUUCCGAAGGGGCCCCUCCUGCCGUUCCCUACCUAGAAACCAUGGCGGGCCAGCAGAGCAGGGAACU